CAAGACCAAUGUUCUCUUAGUUGAUCAGACUUGAGAUUUUUCUUUUUCAUUAAGGUUGUGUUGCGCUGCAUUAAUUUUUUGAGCUGGCAGCUGUGUCAUAUGCGUUUCAUACUCAGUAAAUUAUAUUGAUAUUGAUAUUAUAUCGCCACAUCAAUUUUAUUUCAUAUGUUCCUCCUCGAUACAAAACUCUUCUUCUACGCGAGCAAGCGAAAAAGCAUUCAUCAUUCAUCAUGUCUUAUAAACCAGCAAUUGCAAGUAUGUCCCUCGGACGCUGUUUCGCAGGUCAUAGCCUGGAAACAAAAUUCAAAGCCGCUAGAGAUGCUGGCCUCUCUGGUAUCGAAAUGUGUAAGAACACUACCUAGCACCUACCCUCUUCACAAUCAUCAAAACUAAACCCAUAAAUAGUCUAUGAAGAUCUAGCCGACCUAGCCUCUACACUCCCCUCUCACCCAUCCCCAUCCUCUCACAUCCACGCCGCGCAAUACAUUCGCUCCCUCUCCUCAUACUAUGCUCUCCCCAUCAUAGCCUGCGGACCCUUCUUCGUAGAAGAAGGACUUCUUUCCCCCUCAGCACGGAAAUCCAAACUUCAAGACCUGCGCCUCUGGUUCCAAGUUUGUCGUAUCCUAGGCACAGACAUUAUCCAAAUCCCCUCUACAUUUUCCAGCUCCUCCUCCACCACCACCACACCCUCACUUUCGAAAAUGAUCAGCGAUCUCCGCGAAAUAGCCGAUCUAGGCGCUGCCCAAAAACCCCCUUUCAGAUUCGCUUUUGAAAAUUUAUGUUUCGGGUCGUAUAUUGAUACGUGGAGCGGGGCGUGGGAAAUUGUAAAAGGCGUAGAUAGGGAGAACUUCGGAUUAUGUCUCGAUACAUUCAACAUCGCGGGACGGGAAUUUGCAGAUCCUGCUUCACCUAGUGGUACAGUACCGAAUGCACAUGUUGCAUUUAAACAGAGUAUGGAGAAGAUGGUACGAACGAUUGAUCCGAAGAAAGUAUUCUACAUCCAAGUUGUCGAUGCAGAGCGCUUAGCUACACCACUGGUACAAGGCCAUGAAUUUUAUUCCGAGGGGAUGAAAGCACGGAUGUCGUGGAGUAGGAAUUGUAGGUUAUUUUUGGGUGAGCAGGAGAGAGGAGGUUAUUUGCCGGUGAUGGAUAUAGUGAGGGCUAUUUGUGAUGGGUUGGGAUAUAGGGGAUGGGUCAGUUUCGAGUUAUUUAACCGGAGCUUGGUGGAGAGGGGUGAUUAUGUGCCGAUGGAACAUGCUGAGAGGGCAGUAAGGAGCUGGGAAUAUGUUUGUGGGGAGAUGGGGUGGGAGAAUUUGUGUGCUAAUUUCUAUGAGAAGAAGGCGGAAAAGGAGAGGAGGGGCGAGAUAGGGAGUGAGGUUAUGGCUCGAUUGUAAGUUUUGGAUGUUCUGGAUAUGGCAUUAGGAUGAUGAGAUACAUGCAUCUACGUGGCGUUUGUUGGGCUGAGGAUAUUUUUACAU